AUGAUGGCUGAAGACACGACAGCCGACGCGACGAGGCGACUGAACGUGAAGAAGCAGACCCUGGAUGAUGCCUACGCGGCACCGGCUAACUUCCUAGAAAUCGACGUCGUGAACCCAGUCACGACCAUGGGAGUAGGGAAAAAACGUUACACGGAUUAUGAAGUUCGUAUGAGGACAAACCUGCCAGUGUUUAAAGUAAAAGAAUCCAGCGUGAGACGGCGGUACAGCGAUUUUGAAUGGCUUAGAAACGAAUUGGAAAGAGACAGUAAGAUUGUGGUUCCGCCCCUACCUGGUAAAGCCCUCAAAAGACAGCUACCAUUCCGUGGAGACGAUGGUAUAUUCGAAGAGGAAUUUAUUGAGGAUCGUAGAAAAGGUCUGGAAGUAUUCAUCAACAAGAUAGCCGGCCACCCGUUGGCGCAGAACGAGCGGUGCCUUCACAUGUUCCUCCAGGAGCCCACCAUAGACAAGAGCUAUGUCCCCGGAAAGAUACGAAACACAUAA